GCUACAGCCAGAGGCCCUGGAUCAGAAACCCAAUGGAGUGGUUAGAUGUCAGAACCUUCUCCUUCCACUUUCGCAACCUGCGCUAUGCAAACGGGCGGAACUGCUCCUACCUCUGCUUCUGGGUGGAAAGAGUGAACCCCUGGUCAUCUGACUCCUCUGACUUUGGGGUCUUUGUAAACCAGGUCUAUCCCCAGACUCGCCAGCACGCAGAAAUAUCCUUCCUCUCUUGGUUCCGCGCCGAGAUGCUGUCCCCUGACGAGCAAUACGAAGUCACCUGGUUCUUAUCCUGGAGCCCCUGCUUGGCAUGUGCAGAGCAGGUGGCUGAGUUCCUGAGGCAGAACAGGAAUGUGACGCUGAGGAUCUUUGCCGCCCGCCUCUACUACUUCUGGAAACCAGAGUACCGGGCCUGGCUGCGCAGGCUGCACCACCAGGGGACCUUAGUGAACAUCAUGUCCUUCUCAGACUUUAAGUACUGUUGGGAAAUGUUCGUGUACAAUCAGGGAAUGCCCUUCCAGCCUUGGGAGGACCUGCGUGAAAAUUAUGAGUCCCUGGUGGAGGAGCUUGAGGACAUAUUCAGAAACCCAGUGGAGCGGUUAGGUGUCCCAAGCUUCUCCUUCCACUUUCGCAACAUGCCCUAUGCAUAUUCGCGGAACGGCUCCUACCUCUGCUUCCAGGUGGAAAGACUGAACCAGUGCUCAUCUGACUCCUCUGACUUUGGGGUCUUUGUAAACCAGGCUUCCGGCCAUGCAGAGCUCUCCUUCCUCUCUUGGUUCUUGGAGGAGAAGCCGUCCCAUGAUGAGCAAUACGAAGUCACCUGGUACUUACCUUGGAGCCCCUGCUUGAGAUGUUCAGAGCAGGUGGCUGAGUUCCUGAUGGAGAAUGGGAAUGUGACACUGAGUAUCUUUGCCUCCCGCCUCUACUACUUCUGGAAACCAGAGUACCGGGAUGCGCUGCGCAGGCUGCACGACCAGGGGGCCUUCGUAGACAUCAUGUGCUUCCCAGACUUUGACUACUGUUGGGAAAACUUCGUGUACAAUCAGGGAAUGCCCUUCCAGCCUUGGGAGGACCUGGAUGAAAAUUAUGAGUUCCUGGUCGAGGAGCUUGAGGAAAUUCUCGGAAACACAAUGAACCUGCUAAAAGAAAAUACAUUCGAACAACAGUUUGGCAACCAGCGCCGGGUGCAGGCGCCCUACUCCCGGAGGAAGACCUACUUGUGCUACCAGCUGAAGCGGCACGAUGACGUCACGCUUCACAAAGGCUGCUUCCGAAACAAGAAGAAGCGACAUGCAGAAAUUCGCUUUAUUAAGAAGAUCAACUCGCUGAAUCUGGACCCAAACCAGAACUACAAAAUCAUCUGCUAUAUCACGUGGAGCCCUUGCCCAGACUGUGCCAGGGAGCUGGUUAAUUUCAUCAAAAGUCAUGACCGCCUGAGCUUGCACAUCUUCGCCUCCCGCCUGUACUUCCACUGGAUCAAGAAGUUUCAGUGGGGGUUGCAGCAGCUACAGACAGCCCAGCAGGUCUCAGUGGCUGUCAUGACGCACUCAGAGUUCGAAGACUGCUGGGAACAGUUUGUGGACCACCAGGGGCGGCCCUUCCAGGCCUGGGAUAAGCUGGAUCAAUACAGUGAAAGCAUAAAGCGGCGCCUCCGCAGAAUCCUGACGCCCUUGAAUGAGAAUAAUUUAGUGGAUUCCUUCAGAGGCUUGAGGCUUGGAUCCCCAUCCCCUUCAUCCUUAAGAAGUGACCCGAGAUGACAGUUCCUGGGGCAUCUCAGUGCUUCAUAAACUGCUGACUCUUAGGAGCAAGUAGCAAGCUCCACAGCAUCCAUAACCCUCAAUCCAGUCCAGAAACCUUUCUUUCCUCUUUCAUUCUUCUGUUUUCCUUUCUUUUAUAAGUGAGUAAAUGUUUUUAUAAUUGAAAAAAUAAAGAUAAUUUGAAAGUCUGUAAAA